GGUCCGAUUUUAAAUGGUCCCGCUUGACUAAUGGAAAUAGAUAUAAGAGAUAUGUUCUCAAAGCGAACUAUUUGAAGCCAAUUAAUCAGUGAUUAUAAUUUUCAUUUAAUUAGUGACACUCAAAGAAAAUGAAUUUUAUGUCAUGCUUUCUUGUCAUACAAAAUUUUUUAAGGGAUUGUGCAAUUCAUGUGAAGGAAUUUCGAUGCAAGAAAGUGAAACAUGUUUUGGAAAACCAAAAGAAGGGGUGCACCCUUGGAUACGCCCUGUUGUGUGCAGGGGCGUGCCUGUGUUAUCGAGGAGCCCUGGAAUGCGGUUUCGUUUUCGAUGACGUAUCGGCCAUCCGAGAAAACCGAGACCUGAGACCCUCGAGUCCUUGGUCCAACCUGCUUUUCAACGAUUUCUGGGGAACGCCCAUGAAUAAGGAGCAGAGUCACAAAUCCUACAGACCUGUUUGUGUUUUCACCUACAGACUGAAUUAUUUGUUGCAUGGACUCCAGCCAUUCGGAUAUCAUUUAGCUAAUGUUAUCCUUCAUGCUCUUGUAUGUUUAUUGUACAAAAGAACCUGCACCCUUUUCGUAUCAGAGGGAACAGCAUUAGUGGCUUCACUUCUCUUCGCCGUCCAUCCUCUGCACACUGAAGCAGUGACUGGCGUCGUUGGACGAGCUGAAAUCUUAUCUUCAUUUUUCUACCUGUUGACAUUUCUGAGUUACAAUUCAGCAGCAGCUAAAAGAACUUCUACUGAUUGGUUCUGGUUUGGUUGUUCUCUUGUCUUGGCGGCCUUGGCGACGUUUUCUAAGGAGCAAGGAAUUACAGUUGUGGGACUCUGCUGCACGUACGACCUUUUUGUACUGCAUAAGCUACGAUUACCGGAUCUUUUCAAAUCUGGUAAAGGACGUCUAAAGGAAGCCGGGCGAAGGAUAGGAAUCUUGUUGUCUUGGGCCUUAUUUCUAUUGGCAGUCCGGUUGAAAGUGAUGAGUGUCCAGUUACCUGUUUUCACAAAAUUUGACAAUCCAGCAGCAGCUGCAGAAACGCCCAGUCGUCAGCUGACCUUCAAUUAUCUGAUUGCUCUGAAUAGUUGGUUGCUUCUGUGUCCUGCUGACCUCUGUUGCGACUGGACUAUGGGCAGCGUACCUCUGGUUCGAACGUGGAGUGACCCAAGGAAUUUAGCUACCUUGGCUGUGUAUGUCACGUUAUUUGCAGUUCUGUGGAAUGCUGUUUGGGUGGAUGAUGUGCGUUCAAGGAUAUUGUUAAUGGGUACUUCUAUGUGCGUCUUUCCAUUCUUGCCUGCCUCCAAUCUUUUCUUCCCUGUGGGUUUUGUGAUAGCGGAGCGAGUACUGUACGCACCAAGCAUGGGGUUUUGUCUCCUAGUUGCCCACGGAUGCAGUCUUUUAGCAACACGGCGCCCCGUGCUUGUAUGGAGCAGCCUCUUGUUCCUCAUUUGCAUUCAUGCAUCAAAGACUGUGCGCCGGAAUGCGGAUUGGCAGAGUGAACACACACUGUUCUUGUCGGGCUUGAAAGUGAACCAAAGGAAUGCAAAACUCUACAACAACGUGGGUCAUUGUCUGGAAACGCAAGGAAAGUUCUCGGAGGCUCUCUCUUACUUCAAUACAGCCAUAAGUGUAGAACCGAAUGACAUUGGUGCUUAUAUCAACGUUGGAAGAACACAAACACAGUUGGGAAUGUAUGAAGAAGCCGAAAGAGCUUUCAGAAAGGCCAAGGAUCUACUUCCUCGUCCUCCUUUCGGAGAGGGAUACGAAGCUCGAGUGGCGCCAAGCCACCUGAAUGUUUUUCUGAACCUCGCCACCCUCAUCUCGAGAAAUGGCACCAGGCUAGAGGAAGCGGAUAAGUUAUACCAGGAGGCAAUACGCAUGCGCUCAGAUUACGUUGAAGCCUACAUCAACAGAGGAGACAUACUUAUCAGAUUAAACAGGACCCGUGAAGCUCAAGAUGUCUAUGAGAAAGCCUUGCAACUUGAUGAUGCAAAUGCCGAUAUACAUUAUAAUUUAGGCGUGGUGUUCCUGGAGCAGCGAAAGACUGAUAUGGCAAUGAUUUCCUUUGAAAAAGCCUUGAAGAUUAAUCCAAGGCAUGAGCAAGCGCUGCUCAAUUCCGCCAUUUUGAUUCAAGAAGAAGGCGGUCCUCACAAGAGGAAGACUGCUUAUCAGAGGUUGCAAAUGUUGUUAGAAGCCAAAGAUGUGAACGAGAGAGUAUACUUCCACCUGGGAAUGCUGGCUAUGGAUGAGAAAAACUUUACUCUGGCUGAAAAAUGGUUUCGGAAAGCAGUAGAAUUGCGAUCAGACUUUCGAAGUGCACUUUUCAAUUUAGCGUUGCUGCUCUCCGAAGCAAGAAGACCGAAAGAUGCUCUGCCGUUUCUGAAACAGUUAAGACAAUACCAUCCUGAUCAUGUGAAAGGCUUAAUUUUGCUGGGAGAUAUCUACAUAAAUAGCAUAAAAGAUCUGGAUGCAGCUCAAGAGUGCUACGAAAGCAUUUUACGUUACGAACGGACCAAUGUCCAAGCUCUUCAUAACCUGUGUGUGGUACAUGUGGAACGUGGGCUGAUGGAAGAGGCUGAACUCUGCUUGGAGAAGGCCUCAGCCCUGGCCCCUAACGAGCAGUACAUCACGCAGCAUCUGGACAUUGUCCGAACGAGGAGGCAGCAGAUGCUCAGGAGGAACUCAAAAGUGAACACUGAACGCAGCUCUUCAAACGUGAAUCAAGACAGUGCGUUGAAUCUGCCAACUUAGAAUGAUGGGCACGAAUAAAUAUCUAUGAAUAUUUCAAUAUGUACAAAAUUAUGUACAGAAAUGAAAAAUGUUAUCAAAAGGAGUCAUCUGGAGAUUCUGCUCAAUGCAGUAUAAUACACAUUAAAGGAUGAUUUUGUGAAAUGAAUAGCCGUCUUUAAUGAAGAGUUGUUUCGAUUAUUGCGCAAUCGGCAAAAACAUUGCGUACUUUUAUCUCUAAUAAU